GACACAUAUAUAUGCGGCCGAUAUGUGUGUUUGUAUUUUUUAUUGGAUAAAUAUUCUAAUUUAUUUGUAUUCGAUGAAAAUCUUUCUACAGUUUAUCGAGUGCAUGUUUAAAUAUCGGUUGUAAUGGACGAAAACAUGUUGCCCCCAAUCAGAUAUCAGUUUACAUUCGUUUUAUUUUUGCAUGAUCAAAUUAUUCGAAAAGGAAUGAAUAUAAAAGUAGAACAACGCUCCGUUGGAAAUUAGUUCAAAUUUAUUGUGUUUUCGUUAAGCGUAUCGACCCACAAUAGAACGCUGCAAAAAGGGGGCAGUGUUGAAAUAGUUUCAAUUAACACUUUUUAACAUUGCAAAAAGUGUUAAAAAAAUGAAUUUUUGCAAACAUCUGUUUAUUUGUUUAAGUCUCAUUGCGAUCGCUUAUGCCGAUGACGAUGAUGACGACAUUGGUAUGACCUCUGAGGAAUUAAUCGAUGCCCUAGAACCUUUCGGUGAAAAUUGUGACCCCAAACCGGACAGAGAACACAUUAGGCAAUUGAUUAAGAACGACGAGAACCCCCAUCAAAGCUCGAAGUGUUUCAGACAUUGUCUCAUGCAUGAAUUUGAAUUGAUUGCUGAGGGCUCAACAACAUUGGACGAGGAAAAAACUGUCGAUAUGCUUUCUAUGAUGUACACCGAUGGCAAGGACGACUUGGAAGAAAUUGUGAAAAUCUGCAACACAGAAAACGAGGGGAUAGCAGAGAAAUGUGAAAAUGCCCACAGCCAUGGCAUGUGCAUUUUGAGAGAGCUGAGACAGCGUAAUUACAAAAUUCCUCAACCAGGAAAAUAAAAACCCUUACUUAUCGCUGACCUCUAACCAGACUACCUGAUAUAGAUCUUGAAUACUGACUGGCCCCAUGAAUUUGUAUAUUGUUAUGUAAUUAUAAACUAAUAUUCAUAUAUUCAAAGCAGAUUUAUCAUACGGUGCCUUUAGAAGCAUUUACUUUUUCCGUUAUUUAUA